UUAAUGGAAUUGAAAUACAGGGGCUAAGAAUAAAGGUGAAAAUACGGCAGAGGGUGAUAAUGAUGCAAACAUGACUGAAACGAAGGAGAAUGGUUCUACUGGUGAUGAAAAUUCUACAAACGCCCCAGUGGUCGAAGGAGACGUUGUGAAUGAACAAGAAUUGAAGUAUUGGAAGGCCGUGAAGGAAAACCCCGCGGAUUUUACUAGCUGGACGUAUCUCUUACAGUUUGUCGAACAAGAGAACAAACUGUCCUCUGCAAGGCAAGCAUUUGAUGCCUUUUUUAAACGUUACCCUUACUGUUAUGGGUACUGGAAGAAAUAUGCAGAUAUGGAAAGGAAAAAUGGAAACAAUGACAGAGCUAGAGAGGUAUUUGAGGGUGCCAUUUCAUCCAUUCCUCUCAGUGUGGAUUUGUGGGUACAUUACCUCAACUUUGCUUCUCAAACUACCAAAGGUCAGAUUGAUGGCCCAGAGGUCAUGCGAAGUUUAUUUGAGAGAGCCGUGUCAUCAGCUGGAGAAGAGUUUCGUGCAGACAAACUUUGGGAGGCUUAUAUUGAGUGGGAGAAAAAUCAAGGGCAACUGCAAAGAGUAACAGCUUUGUAUGACAGAGUCUUCAAUGUUCCUACACAGAAUUAUAGCCAGAACUUUGAAAAGUUUAAACAGCAUAUAAACUCUAACCCUAUUGCUGCUGUAUUGUGUACUGAGGAACUUCUUAAGCUGAGGGCAGAAGUUGCAGCUGCUCCUCCUGGUCUAUCGUCAGCAGAGGUGGAACCUCUUAUAAGUGUAACUUCUUCCUCGGCUAAUCCACCAGGUGUUGAUGGAGAUGCUGAUGCUGAUGAAGUAGCUCCUGGAACUGAGGACCUUACUGUUCCUGGGGCAGAAAGUUCUGUCACUUCCCAGGAUGAUGCUGAAACUAUUGCAAUCAGAGAAAAGGUUAUUGCAGCACGGCAACAAGUUUUUGCCGCAUUAGGAGAAGAAGUGAGAAAGCGGUGGACAUUUGAGGAGGCCAUAAAGAGACCGUACUUCCAUGUGAAACCACUCGAACGUGUCCAGUUAAAGAAUUGGAGAGAAUAUCUGGAUUUUGAAAUCGGCAGUGGUGAUCAUAGAAGGGUUGUGAUUCUCUUUGAACGCUGUGUUAUUGCAUGUGCAUUGUACGAGGACUUUUGGCAAAGAUUUGCAAGUUACAUGGAAGGGCAUGAUAUGGAAGCAUGCCGCCAUGUAUAUGAGAGAGCAUGUACAAUACACCUUCCAAGGAAACCUUCCAUUCACCUAGCAUGGGCUGCUUUUGAAGAACAGCAAGGAAAUGCUGCAAAGGCAUCAGAGAUUUUGGCUGAGUUAGACAAGGGUGUUCCUGGUAUAAUAAUGGUCAAACUAAAGAGGGUAAAUCUGGAAAGACGAAGGGGUAACUUUGAAGCUACUUGUGCUCUGUAUGAAGAGACUAUGAAUGAGACUAGUGAGCAGGAGUUAGCCACAUUCUUUGCCAUUAGAUACUCGAGAUUUUUAGCAAAGGUCAUGGGUAAUGUGGAAAAAGCAAGGGAGGUGUUGAAAAUUGCUCUGGAAAAAGAUAAGGACAAUAAGAGGUUAUACCUUCAGCUUUUGGACAUGGAGCUUAGUUCAUUUCCAAUAAAAGAAGAAAAGGUUUUAGAAGUCUUUGAUAUGGUAAAAGACAGUGAGCUGGACACAGAAGUUAAACAAGGUUUUUCUCAGAGACUAGUUGAAUAUCUUGAAGAUUUCAGUGCUGACAUAACCAAAAUAAUGGCUGCGCAGGAAAAUCAUACAAGACUAUAUAAAGGAAAAUCAGCUUUGAUCCCAUUGACUGGAAGUAAAAGGUCACAAGAGGGAGAUAGUUCAGACAUCAAAUCCAAAGUAUCUAAAACAGAAGAUGGAAUAGUGGACAGUAAUCAACAUGCCACAAGCACUGCACUGACAGGAGCAGAAACAUAUGAUACAUCAUAUCCAUCAGCAUCUGCUUACUCUGCUGCUGCAGCGUCUGCCUAUAACUAUUCCACACCUUUACAGAACCAGUGGGCAGCCUAUUCAGCAGCACAGCCGAAUGCAUACAGCUAUAGUCAGUGGUAUCAGCAGUACGGGGCUGCAUAUGGACAUCCUCACCAAACUGCCACACAAUAGAGGACCCAAGUCUACAAUGAUACAUGUACAUAGCUUUGUCUUCCAAUGAAGACUUGUACUACUUCAUAAAUAAUGUUUAGUGAGCAAUUUAAGGUCCUUUCUGUUGUAAAGCAGCUUACUGUGUUCAGUAUGUAUUUGAGAAAUGUUGAAAAUAUGCUUUUAGUUUUGCCUCA